AUGCUCAACAAGAUCACCUCCCUAUUCUCUCGUGGAAAACUGCAAGUGGAGGAAAAACCAACCAACUUCACCGUCACAUCGGUUUCAUAUCGAUGGAUUUGUAAUAUGUGUUUGGGUGUUAUUGAAAACACAAUCCGAUAUACCAAUACCAAUGACAAGGGAACUGAUUUGUGCGAGAAGUGUUACGAUUGGUGUUGGGAUAAAUGUAAGAAGAGAAGGAAGAAUGCAUCUCCUAAUCAUCAACAAGUUGACAAUGAGGAAAAAACACCAGAAGAAAAGGAAAGAGAACUCUGGUUGGAAACAUUUUGUGAGGAUCUUGAAUAUUUUGUACCAACAAAAUAUCACUAUCAUGAAAUCAAACAAAGAUCAGAGGCCGAUCGUGUCAAUAGUACACUGUUUCGGAGUUUUAUUGAAAAUUCAAUGAAUCCUUGCUUUGGAAUAUUGAAAGAGGAUGACGGACCUUAUCAUUGGCUUCGAUAUGAACAAGUAUUCCACUUGGUUUGUUGUAUUGCUGUUGGACUGGAUGAAAUUUUAAAACCUUUGAGGGAGGAAAAUAAGAGACAAUUUGUAUCCAUUUGUGGAAAGAAUAAUUUAUAUUGGUACUUGUGUGAUUAUGCUUGUUUCUUCAAGGGAUUUGUGGCUGCUCCUAUUCACUUUGCCCAAACUUUUGAUGAGACGAAACAUAUUGUUGAACUGACCGAUAGUCAGGUUGUCGUUUGUACUUUAGAAAUGCUCGAUUUUUUCAUCAGCAUUACAAAACAAUUGGACUUUGUAAAAUAUAUUGUAGUAAUGGAUGAUAAUGAAGGAAAAUCCAAGAGUAAAUUCACAACAAACAGUGGUAAACAAGAAAUUGAAAUUCUGCCAAUGAACGAGAUUAUUGACAAGGGAAAAUCAAUCUUAUGUGAAUACUUGAACGAAAAGAACAAACCUAAGAAAAAAAGAUAUCCAAAACACUUUGAAAAUCACGAGACUAUCCUCGUCACUCCAAAAAACAAGUAUAAUCCAAAUAAGAUGUGGAUUGAUGUGGAACACCAGGACUUUAUUUUGAAUAGACUAGAAAAAGAUGAGGAUCUUCUAUCGUUAGUUUUCACGAGUGGAUCGACAGGUCAGCCGAAGGGCAUAAUGGUUAGUGACAAAUCUCUGAGAAGAGAAAUGCAUGGUUUCAGAGCUGAAAAUCCAAAAGUACAAUUUUCAUUCUGUCCUCUUGCUCACAUGAGUGACAGAAAACACACCCUUUUGGCCAUGUGUGAUGGUGCUAGAGUGGGAAUAUUUACCAGAGAUUUUGUUCACAUCUUUGAGGAUAUUCAAAAGGUCAAACCUACUGUCAUUGCCUCAACACCAAGACUUUAUAAUGUACUCUAUGAUGAGUAUAAAAAAGUGUACGAAUUGGAAAAGACAAGUUGGCUUUCAGGUAUUUCGAAUCAAAAUGAGGAUAGACCUAAAACGGAGAGAGAACUUGAAGAAAGAGUAAUGAAAGAUUUUAGAAACAUGUUGGGUGGUCGCUUACAAUCAAUAAUUAUUGGAGGAGCCUCUUCAAGCCCACAAGUUAGAGAAUUUCUUGGAAAAUGUUUUAAUUGCUUCGUUUCAGAUGGUUUUGGAAUGUCAGAAGCAGGAGGUAUCAUGAAUGAUAACAGACUUCAUAGCUCUGUUGAGUACAAGUUGGUUGACGUACCUGACAUGAACUAUUUCACAAAUGACAAACCUUAUCCAAGAGGAGAACUUUGUGUUAAAACAAAAACCAUGUUCAUUGGAUAUUACAAGAAUGAAGAACUUACGAAAAACGCUUUGGAUGAGGAAGGAUGGUUGCAUACUAAUGAUAUUGUUGAGGAGCUAGGUCCAAGACACAUUAGAAUUAUUGACAGACUCAAGAAUAUUUUCAAAUUGAGUCAAGGAGAAUUUAUUGCACCUGCAAAGAUUGAAGAUGCUCUGACUACCUCAAAAUUCAUCUUCCAAGCUUUCAUUUAUGGAAAUGUGUCGAAAAGCUACCUUGUAGGUGUAAUUGUACCUAAUCAAACGGUUUUGAAACAAUUUGCAAUCAAGGAAGGGCUCAUCAACUCAUCAAGUGAAGAGCUCUUGAGUGAUUCAGAGAAGGACUUGCUGAAAACCAAUGAAAAGGUUAAAAAGGUUUUGUGUGAGGAAAUUGAGAAAGUAUCUGUGAACUGCUCUCUUCUUCCAUACGAAGUGCCAAAGGACUUUAUUAUUGAAUUUGAGUCAUUUAGUGAGAAGAACGAUCUCCUUACCUCUUCAAUGAAAGUUAAGAGAUUUGGAUGCGAAAUGAAGUAUAAGGAAGAGUUGGAAGCUCUUUAUGAGCACCUAGAGUCUAUUAACAAGAGGAAAUUGGAUGAAGAUUUGAUUCGUGAAUUAUUGUUAAAUUCUCAAACAGGUUCAGCUGAAUCUGAUGGAAAUAUGAAAAUUAUUGACAGUCUUCACGCUGUUAAAUUUUCUGGUAUUAUGAAGCAAAAGUAUAACAUUGAUGUUCCACUCUCGCUGAUAUUUUCUCAAACUGACAGAAAUGUGGAUAGCGUAGUGAGUAGAGUUUCAGAUUUUGUCACCAAAAACCAACAUGAUGAUGUUGCCACAGUCAAUUCAUCCCAUGAUUGGAAGAAGGAUAUUCUCCUUCCUGAAGAUGUGUUGAAUGACAUUAUAGACCUCACAUCAAGAGGAAAUACGCAAUUUAAAAAGAUAGCCGAUUUGAAGAAGGGUAUUCUAUUGACAGGUUCAACAGGAUUCCUAGGAGCAUUUAUAUUGAGAGAUUUAUUGGAAGCAUUAGAGAAAGCUGAAGAAAAUGUCAAAGUCUAUUGUAUAGUCAGAGAAAAGAAUCAUCAAGAUGACGUUUUCAUGAGAGUGAAAGAAAACCUUGUGGAAUUCAAACUUUGGAAUGACAAGUAUGAAAAGAGAAUUUCAGUUGUCAAGGGUAAUUUAGGAGAUGAUAAUUUAGGACUCACUGAGGAAGAAUUCAAGAAACUGGCAGAAAAUAUUGAUAUUAUUUAUCACAACGGAGCGUAUGUCAACUCUGUCAUGUCAUAUCCUCAAUUAUUUUCCUCAAAUACUGGAUCUACUCUUUCAUUAUUGAAAUUGGCUUGCUUAUCAUCUAAAUUGAAUAUUCAAAGUGGAGAUUCCACUUUAGCCCCAAUAGUUUUCGUCUCUACAGUUGGAGUAUUGCAAUCUGGAUUAUCACUCUUUGGAAUACCAACCAGUACAUCUGGAAUUAGCAAUAAGAAAGAUAUUACGGAUUUAAUUAACAAUCACAUGGAUCAAGUCAUGAGGCAACUCAAACCAAUUAUUGAAAGAGCUAAUGGAUACAGUAGCACCAAGUUUGUUGCCGAACAAUAUAUUCAACAAGCAAGAUUAUUGGGAUAUCCAGGAGCCAUUUUCAGACCUGGUAUGAUUGGAAGUGAUACUGUCAAUGGAGUUUCUAAUUUAAUAGAUUGGGUCAAUAGAUUAGUCAUGGGAUGUUUUGAAAUGAAUUGCUUCCCAAAGACGAACAGAACUCUAAACAUUGUCCCAGUAGAUAUUAUUUCAAGAGUCAUUGUACAGUUGACACAGAAUGAGAAUGCAUUCGUAACAGAUCUUCACGAAAAUCCAAACUAUUUCAUAUUCGAGUUGGCAAAUCUAGAUAAAUUCGUCAUUCACAUUGACGAUUUACUCUCCAUAGCAGCAACAACAGAAGCUAAAUUAUUGAAAAAGGAGCCAAUGCAAAAUGUAACUUAUCAGAAAUGGAAGCAAAUACUGAACGAGAGAAAUACGAAAGAGGAAAAUGAAAUGUUAUUGAGAUUGGCAACUCUCUUCAAAUCAGAUUAUGAAUUCCCAGGAAGUGGUGACAGACUCACAAAUUCCCAUGUACAUAAGGUUAUUCAGGCUCUUUCCAAAUUAGAAGAUAGUGAAUGUAAAGCACUAAUUCCUUUCAAGAACCUUGACCAAAGCUAUCUAGCAAAACAAGCAACUUUUUUAGUAAAUAGCAAGACAUGCCAUUAGUCUCCAAAUGUACAAUAUAUCAAAAAUAAAAAAGUUUUUUAUCAA